AUGAGUGAGGAUGUUGCUUCUGUUUUAGCGGAAGUCGGUGACUUCCAAAAAGAUAAACUUAAACAUGUUGAUCCAACUGUCAAAAAUGUCUUGCCUACCGCUGAUGAUGUUAAGCACGAAAAGAAUGAGACCCAGCUUAUGCAUGAUAUUGAGCAGGGUACUCAUUUAAAGAAGGUUACAACAGUUGAGAAAAAUCCUUUGCCAACGAAGGAGGCCACCAGUGAUUCUGAGCCGAUUGCCUUCGGGGUGCGAGGCUCCGACGGGUCACGAGAGUUCUCAUGGUACGAGCCCGGUUCGUGCCACAACACGAGUCAACGCAAAUGA